CCACGGCAACCUCACUGACAAGCACGCAUGCUCGACCGCCCAUUGAACGUGAGCUGGUGCGCAGCCAGCCGCAGGCCACUCGGAACCGCGAGUCGAGCGCUUCGAGCCUCCCCGGUCGUUAGCUCUGCCAUACCGCGAACAUGCAGUAAGGCCACUGGGGGAGGCAAUCAGAAAAGGGGUCAAUUAGAGAUAGCGCUAGUGAGGAGUAUAGAACGCACGUCCUCCCUCACGCGGUCAUAUUCGCCUUCACCGAGGGGAAGAAGGCCCGCGAGGAUGGAUCAAUUGACCUCAGGCGCUACUCCAACCCAACAAUCCUCCUCAGGUAGUCUCCUGCAAAUGUUGUAGGAGCUGUCAAUGCAAGCUGCCUCGGGCAGCGUUGCUGCCACUUGGAGCACACCUUUUUUGUCAGGAGUAGCCGGUGGUGGUGCUGCUGGAGUCGCGUCCAGCUAUUGCCUAGGUAUUACCCAAACUCAAGGUUCUCGGCGACCUUUGGGGAUCCGAGCACAGCAAACCAGCCAGGGCCGGCACAGUCUGACACUGCGUCCAGAUGGUAGUCGAGGAGUAGAGUCCACGGAUGACGACGAUGGGGAUGAUGUAACCGUGACAACGGGCUAACAAUCGACCUCCUGAACAUCAUACACAGGGCCAUGAAGGACGCGGGGCAACCCCUCUCAGAACCCAUUGAUUGCUGGGAUGUCAUAUUUUCCCCUUGGAAUGAGGGGCACAAGGAGCUCAGCUACACUCUCGUAAAUCUGCACAACCAUGUGAAGGUGCUACGAAAGUGGGUGCGAGACAUCAAGUAUAUGAAGCGUGGCCUCGGCACGCGGAUUCAUUGGGAUCCGGGGUGCGACACACUGAGUGUCGAUCUCAAUGUAAGUCACCUUCCAACAAGCCGGCUUAUCCCCUUUUGCAGCCAUCUCCCGACUGCCAACUGCAUUCGAUGUUGUCACAUCCUACUGAAUUCCAAUGCCCAAUACUUGCUAAACCAGUCAUUCCCCCUUGCUGCAGCUCCCCUUCAUGAAACAUUGCCAUGUCGUGGAAGAUUGUGUAGUCGUGGGUGAAACCCUCCCAUCCUCUCAGCGCGUGGAUGAAGGCGUUAUCAAACCCACACGCCGCUAGAACGUUCUGCGACACCUUUUCAUUUUGGUCUCAGAAAACCUGCUGAUGCUCUGUCGCGAUGCAUGCCGGCACCAGGGUGCCGUCAAUGGCUCCGAUGGCUCCUUUAAAUAACAUGUAGUCCAGCCUCCCCCUGAAUGCUUUUGUGUUUGGGGCUGCUGGCAUCCACAGGAGCACUGGUUUUAGUGUGCACAAAGCCUUUGUCACCCUAUGAACGAUAGCGCUGAUCGUAGAUCCGCUGUGCCGCCACCGUUCUUGCAGUACCCGCUGUGUAGCAUUUUGCCCGACAAACAGCAGCCACACCAUGACUUGCUCAUAUUUCAAGAUUCCCCUGCAACCGUCUAGGCGACCCGUUGGCUCCAAACGACCCACGAGCUCUUCAAAUAGAUCAGGCUCCAUCCG